UUGAACAAUGCAGUACUAAAACUGUUUUAAUUUUAUCAACUGAACAUGAGCGUUCAAAUUUUACUGUUGUUUUAAGUUGUAUGGCCAAUGAAAGCAAAUUACCACCUGUAAUUAUUUUUAAACUUGUAAAUGUUUCUCGAGAAGAGUUUUCUGAUAGUGUAAUUGUUCAUGCUAAUUCUCAAGGUUGGAUGAAUAAAAAUGAAAUGUUUUGGUAG